AUUGUUGCACUCUGUUCUCCUUUUUGUACAGUGGAGCAGAGUGCAAGUUCAGUGAGAACAAUGAAAGCUUCAAUUAGAUGGUUUUGACUUUGAUCCAUAAUCUCACAUACUAUUUUGGAUUUCAAAGAGAAAAAAGAGGUAAUAGUUAUUAUUAUUGUAUUGUAAAAUGGAACCCAACAUGAACCGCAUCGUGAUUGAGCCACUCUCACAGUUCGACCUCUCCACACACUCUCGCACUAGUUCCGUUCGAUCCCUCGCCGUUUCCACACUCUCCCGUCGUUCACAACAGCAACAACAAGAAGCUGUCGUUUUUGUUGGCACUCACUCAGGAACCCUAUUUUCCCUCUCCACCGAUGUGAACGACAACACCAACGCCCAAAACGGUGGUGCCUCUUCGCCUUCCUUCCUGCGGAAGCUGUCGUUUAGGAGAAGCGUUUCGGUGAGCGAUUCACCUGUGGAGUCCAUCUUAGUUCUCGGGGAAUUGGGGAAGAUCUUGUUGCUCUCCGAUGGUUCUUUGUUCUUGGUGGAUUCCGAGCUCGAAAAUCGCGCUACGAGGUUGGGUUUUUCCCCAAAGGGUGUUUCUUUGGUAACGAGGAGGAGGUUGAGGGAUGGUGAGUGUGAGGGUUCGGUUUUGAGUGAGCAGCAGUCGUUUUUGCAGAAAUUGGGAGGUGGGGUUAUAGCAAAUGGGUUGAAAAUCAAGGAGACUGAAUUGCAGGGUGAGUGUGGUUGUGUUUUUGCUCUUGUUGUUGGGAAAAAAUUGAUGCUUGUGGAGCUUGUUUUGGGGAAUAGAGGUGGUAAAAGUGAUAAAGAUGUUAAUGGGUCUCUUGUGGUUUUGAAAGAGAUUCAGUGUGUUGAUGGGGUUGUUAGUGCCAUGGUGUGGCUCAAUGAUUCCAUUAUUGUUGGCACGGUGAAAGGGUAUAGCUUGAUUUCCUGUGUUACUGGACAGAGUAGUGUUAUAUUCUCGCUGCCAGAUGUGUCCCGGCCGCCACGGUUGAAGUUGUUGGAGAAGGAGUGGAGGGUGCUGUUGUUGGUGGACAAUGUGGGGAUCAUUGUUGAUGCAAAUGGGCAGCCGGUGGGCGGCAGUCUGGUGUUCCGACAUGGCUUGGAUUCUGUUGGAGAGAUAUCUUCCUAUGUGGUUGUUGUGAGUGAUGGGAAGAUUGAAUUGUAUCAUAAGAAAUAUGGUAGUUGUGUUCAGGUGUUGCCGUUUGGAGGGGAAGGAAUUGGGCCUUGUAUAGUUGCCAGUGAGGAAGAUAGAGGUGGGAAGCUGGUUGCUGUUGCAACUGCUACCAAGGUAGUAUGCUAUCAGAAAUUAUCUUCUGUGGAACAAAUAAAAGACCUUCUGAGGAAGAAGAACUAUAAGGGAGCCAUAUCUUUGGUGGAGGAGCUUGAGUCUGAAGGUGAGAUGUCAAAAGAUUUGCUCUCGUUUGUUCAUGCCCAAGUGGGUUUCCUCUUGCUUUUUGACUUGCAUUUUGAAGAAGCAGUGGACCACUUUUUGCUCUCUGAGACAAUGCAACCUUCCGAAGUAUUCCCAUUUAUAAUGCGAGAUCCAAAUCGCUGGUCCUUACUGGUUCCUAGGAAUCGGUAUUGGGGUUUGCAUCCUCCACCAGCUCCUCUUGAAGAUGUAGUAGAUGAUGGCUUGAUGACAAUCCAAAGAGCUUCUUUCCUGAGGAAAGCAGGUGUAGAAACAAUAGUACAUAAUGAUCUUUUUCUCAAUCCACCAAAUAGAGCUGAUUUAUUGGACUCAGCAAUCAAGAAUAUUAGCAGGUAUUUGGAGGCCUGUCGAGAAAAAAACUUAUCGCAAUCAGUCAGGGAGGGAGUUGACACCCUAUUAAUGUAUCUCUAUAGAGCCCUAAAUCGUUUUGAGGACAUGGAGAGACUGGCAUCUUCUACGAACUGGUGUGUUGUGGGGGAGUUGGAACAGAUGUUAGAAGAGUCUGGGCACCUACGGACACUUGCCUUCCUAUGUGCAAGUAAAGGAAUGAGCUCAAAAGCUGUGUCUAUUUGGCGCAUUCUGGCGAGAAAUUAUUCAUCCGGCCUCUGGAAAGACCCUGCUUUGGAGUAUAGUAUACAGGGUAGCGGGGAAAACUUUAUUUCUGGCAAGGCAAUUGCUGCUGCUGAAGCUUCAAAGAUUCUUGAGGAGUCAUCUGACCAAGAUUUGAUUCUACAACAUCUAGGAUGGAUUGCAGAUAUCAGCCAGGUUCUUGCAGUCAAAGUUUUAACUUCAGAAAAACGAGAGAUCCAACUUUCUCCUGAUGAAGUUGUUAAUGCUAUUGAUCCACAGAAGGUCGAAAUUUUACAGAGAUAUCUCCAGUGGUUGAUUGAAGACCAGGAUUGUAACGAUACUCAGUUGCAUACGUUGUAUGCCCUCUCACUUGCCAAAUCAGCAAUUGAAGCCUUCAAAUAUGAAAAUAUCUUUGAAAAUCUUGAUAGUGGAAAUAUAGAGACCAAAGGUUUGGCUACUUUGAGGAACUCAAUAUUUCAAACUCCUGUCAGGGAAAGAUUGCAGAUAUUUUUGCAAUCCUCAGACUUAUAUGAUCCAGAAGAAGUUCUUGACUUGAUUGAAGGAUCAGAACUAUGGUUAGAAAAGGCUAUUCUGUAUAGAAGACUGGGGCAGGAGACUUUGGUCCUCCAAAUUUUGGCUUUGAAACUGGAAGACAGUGAAGCUGCUGAGGAGUAUUGUGCUGAGAUUGGCAGAGCUGAUGCUUACAUGCAGUUGCUUGAAAUGUAUUUGGAUCCCCAAGAUGGUAAGGAUCCCAUGUUCACUGCUGCUGUUCGCCUUCUCCACAAUCAUGGAGAAUCAUUGGACCCAUUGCAAGUUUUAGAGAAACUUUCCCCAGAUAUGCCACUUCAACUUGCUUCUGAGACUUUACUAAGAAUGUUCAGGGCCAGAGUUCAUCAUCAUCGUCAAGGACAGAUUGUGCAUAAUUUAUCUCGUGCCGUAGACAUUGACGCAAGAUUGUCAAGAUUGGAGGAAAGAUCAAGGCAUGUGCAGAUUAAUGAUGAGAGUCUCUGUGAUUCCUGUAAUGCGCGCCUCGGUACAAAGCUAUUUGCAAUGUACCCUGAUGAUACUGUUGUCUGUUACAAGUGUUAUCGCCGUCAGGGUGAGUCAGUGUCUGUCUCAGGCCGCAAUUUUAAGGAAGACAUCCUAAUUAAACCAGGUUGGCUUGUGAGUAGAUGAUCUUGAAACUAAGAUACUGCUUGGCUGAAUAUGAGGAUUUGUCAUUCCAUACCAAAUCCAAUUCAUUCAAAAUUGGAAAAAAAGAAUAGUGUUGAUGAUCACUCGGUUAUUUAGUUAAACAUAAGAGUAUCUAUCAGCUUCUAGCCUCCUACACUAAAAGAGUAGAGUUACAUACAGUUAACUACCACCUGAUGGUACUGUAAAUAGUGUUGAGUUCUCCAUUGUACUCUCCAUUCCCCCAUUCGGCCUAUUCCAUUGUAAAUUUUUUUGAUAUUGUAAAAUGUAAAUGUUUGCACAUAAAUAAU